CCGCCGCCGCCGCCUUCUGUCUGCCCCAUUCAUCCUGCUAGGAACACCAGGGCUUUCAGAAUUGAUUCGCGUUUGGUGGGUCUUAGCUAGAGGUAAAUUUUGGGAUUGGAGGCAUACGGGAUUUGAUUCCGCUGCUGCAGUCAGGAUACUCGACUACUGCCUAGCUCGCUGGGUUGUUAGUUCGGCGAGGACGAUGAAUCGUGAGUUUGCCAACGUGAUAGUGCGCGAUUACGGCUGUAAAUUUUAUUCGCUGCUCCGGGUCAACCUCAAGCAGCAUCUCUUCCACCGCUCAGCAGCAGCCGCGGAAAAGGCGAGUAACAACAAGAAGGGAUUACCGUCGGCCAUCCCGAGCUUGGAGCCUCUGCCCGAGCACAAGAUCAACUUCUCGACGCCGCCAAAGAUGGAGGGCGCGACGGACUUUCACUUCUUCUCCCUGCUCAAAGGGCAGGCAGAGGGCCGUGUCAUGUUCGCCCCCACUUGCGGCAAUGCCGUGAUGUACGACAUUGACAUAGACGCCGUCGUUGCCAUGCCCGACACUAACUUCUGCAAACAGAGGGACUCAAUCUCCUUGUCCAUGACCAGGCCUGGGAGCCAAGACGACGACGAACAGCACUAUGUCUUGAGCAAAGAACCGAGGAAUGUCUUGUUUGAGGUCUUGGAGUACGGGAGGAACGGCUCCGCCAGGGGUCCAUCCGCUGGGAUUGAACAGAGGUGGCACUGGCAACAUCUGCCCUCGCCGCCGAUGCGUGGACCAUACCUGCCUGACCUCCACAGGAGAGCGGUCUUCCACCCCUCCGCGGCGGCGGUGGUCGAUGAGACCACUCUGUGUGUGUCGUCUGUGGACGCCGGAGCCUAUGCCUUUGACACGGUGAAAGGUGAGUGGAGGCAGGCUGGAAGCUGGGCGCUGCCCUUCCAUGGCGCCGCGGAGUACGUCCCUGAGCUUGGCCUCUGGUUUGGCGUCAACGCUGCCGUCGGCAACACCCACCACUGUCUGGGUGCCUUCGACCUGUCUUCCUGGCCACCCGUGGAGCACCGCACCUGGAACUAUCUCGAUCCGUUGUCCGACAAGUGGUCGACAUGGCAGAGGUACCUACUCAACCUUGGCUCAGGCAAGUUCUGCAUCGCCACCAGCUUUCAAAAUAUCCAGUGGCGCACACCAUGUAAUGCAGCAGGCUACCCUUUACACGGGCUAGAUGAUGAGAUGGUGGUCAAUGACCUUACCAUCUUGACGGGCGUCGAGGUUGUGCGUUGUGGCGACGGGCUCAAGAUGAUCAACCACAAGUCUAAACGCUUUGAAGGCAUUGAAAUCCACUGCGUGCUCUGAGCCAAAACUCGUCUGUUUCUUCGGGACUAGAUGUGUGUGGGGUUCAUUUCUUCUCGGAUCGUAACAAAAUUAUAUGCUAUGGCCAUGAACAAAACUUUGCAGGAUGUGCAUCUGUCCUCGUAUAUAAGAUUCUCUAUUCGGAUCUUAAACGACUGAAUCAAAAUUAUCGAACUUUUUUUU